GUGCAGUAAGUAACCUCGUAACCUUGAGCAUAGCCGGCAUUUUGCGAUAAACAGACUCGUCUCUAAUAAUCAGAUUACUCGGAUAAAAGAAAAUAAUUAUGGAAGGUGAGAAUUGUCACCUAAUUUUGCAAAAUGGCAAAGUUUUUUCUGGAAGGAGUUUCGGCGCCAAAAAACCAGUCGAUGGAGAAGUUGUUUUCCAGACUGGGAUGGUGGGUUAUCCUGAGUCUCUGACAGAUCCAUCUUACCAUGCCCAAAUUUUGGUACUUACAUAUCCACUCAUUGGAAAUUAUGGUGUGCCCGGAGACGAAAAAGAUGAACAUGACUUGCCACUAUGGUUCGAAUCUGAUCGGAUUUGGGCAACUGCACUGGUCAUCGAUGAACUGUGCGAAACACCUAGUCACUGGCGACAAACACAAACUUUGUCCCAAUGGAUGAUGAAACAAGAAAUUCCCGGAAUUUCCGGGAUUGACACUCGUUCUUUGACAAAAAUUAUCCGCGAAAGCGGUACCAUUCUUGGACGAAUCGUUUAUGCUGAUGAGAAGCCUGUGUGCGAAUUACCUCUGGAUCCUCCAAUUGUCGAUCCAAAUGAAAGAAAUUUGGUGGCUGAUGUUUCACACGUAAAACCGAUCGACAGAGAUGUACUACAACACUUGUCUGAUGCGGUCAAGAUAAAUGCAGAUCUUUUUCAUUCUUGGAUAAUAGCUAGAAAAGUAUACAUUACUCCUGCCUUUGAUAAAAAAGUCAAAGCCGUUUUGCAUAAAGUUGAACUUACAGAAUUUUUAUUUGGGAAUAAUGUAAAUGAGUUGGUCAAUAGUGUCAAAGUAGUGGAAAGAAUAGGAAAGGAUUUAAAGCCUCCAUCAAACAGAGGUAAACCCAAUACUUCAUUAAUUCGGAGAGGCUCGUCAAACUGGAGAGGUUCAUCGGGAAAGCGAGAGGUGUACCAGAUGAACCGCGGAGGAAGAUAUUACACCUCAAGAAACCCAAAUCUGAGAGGUUUUCGAGGUUUUCCGAAGCCGAGGGAAUAUCCAAUCACAACCCAUGCUGCAGAAGAAACAAUAACUCAGGCAUUUCCCCCAUUUUCCUUGAUAACAAAAAUUUUAAAGAAAAUCCGAGUGGAUAAGGCUUUAGGUAUCAUAGUUGUGCCAUACUGGGCCAGUCAACCAUGGAAUCUUAUCGGGGAAAUCUACAGAAGAAGAGGAUUAGAUGAACCUUCGAUUGAGAUCAUAUUAAAUUCUUUAUCAGAGAACACAUAUAAGCAAUAUACGCCGGCUUUGAAAAAGUGGUGUUCCUUCUGUACUUCUAAUAAUCAAGAUAUUUUUAAUGGGAACGUAAACUUUGUGUUGAAAUUUUUAACGAAUCAGGUUAAUGACGGGGCACAGUAUGGCACAUUAAAUAACAUGAGAGCAGCAAUUUCUUUAUUGUUUAAUAACAAGGUCUCUAACAAUAAAGAAAUUAAUCGUUUCUUUAAAGGUGUUUUUCGGCUUAGGCCAUCUCAACCAAAAUACAGCAAUACUUGGGAUGUAAAUGUUGUUUUAAAAGAGCUAGAAGCCUGGUUUCCAUUAGAAUCUUUAACGCUAGAAAGGCUAACAUUUAAAUUAUCAAUGUUGCUGGCACUGCGUACAGGAUUUAGAGUACAAUCUUUAUCGUUGUUAAAACUAGAAGGGAUACAAAUAUCCUCGGAGGGUGUACAAUUAAGAAUUUUCGAUUUAGUUAAGACUUCGAGACCAGGAGCGAACCAACCAUACGGAAAUCGUGGCCACAACCAGCCAGUGACCCACCAUGGAACGGACCGUUGCUUCAUGACAUCGCAAAACCACGGAUUUGCAAUAGACGCAGAUCAGUUGCCAGCAGAUUGGGAGCCUCUAUUCACAAACACGAAUGAUAAGAGCAAUGAGGGCAUAAUUCACAGCAAGUUGCCCUACUUUUCCGUUCAGUUUCAUCCCGAACACACCGCCGGUCCUCAAGAUCUGGAAUGUCUCUUUGAUGUCUUCCUCGAAACAGUGCAAUUGGAAGCCAAGGGCAAAACGCCAGGCAAGAUUCAAGAAACGGUUAAAGAAAGAUUGCAGAAGAGUUUGCUUUGUGAGUCUGAGGUUCCAGUGGGCCGCUUUCAUCCGAAAAAGGUCCUCAUUCUCGGAUCGGGGGGUCUCAGUAUUGGCCAGGCUGGAGAGUUUGACUACUCUGGCUCGCAGGCCAUCAAAGCUCUUCGAGAAGAGCAGAUUCAAACUCUUCUCAUCAAUCCGAACAUCGCAACUGUCCAGACCUCCAAGGGAAUGGCUGAUAAAGUCUACUUUCUUCCCAUCACGCCCGAUUAUGUGGAACAGGGCAGUCGUUCUCAGCAUAUUGUACUCCCGAUUCGAAAGCGUUUGACUCGGUGCAACGACGAUCGACUCUCCGGUGUGGAUUCCCAGAGGAUCAACAUUCUCCAUGUUGCAGACUGUUAUGCAGUUGUCAUAGGCAUCCCGGACAACCUCAUACUCCACCUCCUUCCAGCCUUUCAGCGACUUGUCGAUGAUCAGUUGGUUCGAGUGUGCAAGGGCUUGUUGAGCAAGAGCUUUGAGCUCCUCCUUACUAUUCGCGAAUCCCGAGCCAAAUGGAAAGAAUUGACAAAUUUGGAAUCGGCUGUCGAGUUUUGCGAAAAGGUCGGAUAUCCAUGCUUGGCACGGCCUUCUUACGUAUUGAGUGGAGCUGCCAUGAAUGUCGUCUUCUCGAAUCACGAUCUGGAGACAUACUUGAAAACUGCCAGCUAUGUCAGCAAAGAGCAUCCAGUUGUCAUAUCGAAAUUUAUCCUCGAAGCGAAGGAAAUCGAUGUGGAUGCUGUCGCCUACGAUGGAACCGUUUUCUGCAUGGCUGUUUCAGAGCACGUAGAAAAUGCUGGUGUUCAUUCGGGAGAUGCGACUCUAGUCACUCCCCCGCAGGACAUCAAUUCGGAAACUCUGGUCAAAAUCUGUAACAUAGCUAAGGAUGUUGCUGCUUGUUUGUCAGUCACCGGUCCAUUUAACAUGCAGCUGAUAGCUAAGAUCGGCAGUAGCAUGAAGAGUGUGGGAGAGGUAAUGGCGAUCGGUCGCAAGUUUGAGGAGGCUUUUCAAAAAGCGCUGAGGAUGGUUGACGAGAAUUUUACAGGCUUCGAUCCUCUCAUCAAAUCCGUCAACGAAGACGAGUUGAAGGAUCCGACCGACAAGCGAAUGUUUGUGCUAGCAGCGGCAAUGAAGGCCGGCUACUCAAUUGACCGCUUAUACGAACUCACGCAAAUAGAUCGUUGGUUCCUUGCAAAAAUGAUGAAUAUCAUCUCCUACUAUGCACUCCUGGAAAACUUGCAAAUUAAGAAACUAGAGCAGAGGAAAUUGUCCUACGAGGUGCUGCUCGGUGCCAAGAAGCUUGGAUUUUCCGACAAGCAAAUUGCCGAGGCGACGAAAAUUUCGGACAGGUUGGUUCGAGUGCAGCGAAAAGAGAGUAACAUUUGCCCAUUUGUCAAACAGAUAGACACUGUCGCGGCAGAAUGGCCGGCCAGUACAAAUUAUCUCUACCUAACGUACAAUGGUGACGAGCAUGACAUCGAGUUUCCCGGAAAUUACACGAUGGUCAUUGGUUCGGGAGUUUAUCGAAUUGGUAGCUCCGUGGAAUUUGAUUGGUGUGCAGUCAGUUGUCUUCGAGAAUUGAGGAACCUGGGUCGCAAAACUAUCAUGGUUAACUAUAAUCCGGAAACUGUGAGCACGGAUUUUGACAUGAGCGAUCGGCUCUAUUUUGAGGAGAUUUCUUUCGAGACAGUGAUGGACAUCUAUGACCAUGAGAAUCCAGAGGGUAUUAUUUUGUCAAUGGGCGGGCAAUUGCCACACAAUAUCGCUAUGGAUUUGCACAGACAGCAGGCGAGGAUUCUCGGAACUGCACCCGAAUCGAUUGAUGAUGCUGAGAAUCGUUUCAAGUUUUCGCGAAAGCUGGAUUCCAUUGGAAUAUCUCAGCCCAGAUUAAUUAACCCUAGUUUAAAUGUCCUUGAAUGUUUCCAGGAUAAUGAGUUGAAAGUAAUUGAGUGCAACGUCCGGGUCUCUAGAUCUUUUCCCUUUGUUUCGAAAACAUUGAACCACGAUUUCGUUGCAACUGCGACGCGUCUAAUUUGCGGAGAGACUGUAAAACCCGUUGGUCUCUUGACUGGAACGGGUAAAGUUGGAGUGAAGGUGCCACAAUUUUCCUUCUCACGACUGACAGGAGCUGAUGUUAUGUUGGGUGUGGAGAUGGCUUCAACUGGCGAGGUCGCCUGUUUUGGUGACAAUUGGUAUGAAGCGUACCUCAAAGGAAUGUUGAGUACGGGUUUCCACAUUCCUCAGAAGGGAAUUUUAUUAUCUGUCGGCACAUUUAAGCACAAGAUGGAAUUGUUGCCGUGCAUCAGAAGCCUUGACCGGAUGGGAUACAAGUUGUAUGCCAGCAUGGGAACAGCCGACUUUUAUACGGAGCAUGGUGUACCCGUGGAGCCUGUUCAAUGGACUUUCGAGAACAUCGACGUGACCGAGGAUUCCAGUCCCACGGCGCUUCGUCACCUCGCAGAUUUUCUUUCGAAAAAGCACUUCGACUUAGUGAUCAAUUUGCCCAUGCGAAAUGGAGACGCAAGAAGAGUAUCUAAUUUUAGGACUCAUGGCUACCGGACAAGAAGACUUGCCGUCGAUUAUUCGGUUCCUUUGGUGACGGAUGUCAAAUGCGCGAAACUCUUAGUCGAGGCACUGUGUAUGUUGCAAGGCAAAGCACCGAAAAUGAAAACUCAUACCGAUUGUAUGACGUCCCGCACAAUGACCAAACUUCCUGGAUUUAUCGAUGUUCACGUACAUGCUCGCGAUCCUGGUGCAACUCACAAAGAGGAUUUUGCCUCUUGCACAGCUGCGGCGCUUGCCGGAGGAGUUACAAUGAUCCUGGCGAUGCCAAAUACGAAUCCGGCAGUUGUGGAUCAUCAAACUUUCAGUAUCGCAAAAGAAAGAGCUGCAGCAGGAGCUAGGUGUGACUACGGCCUCUUUUUGGGAGCUUCGUCGGACAAUUACAACAUAACUGCAGAAAUAGCGCCAAUGGCCGCGGCAUUGAAAAUGUAUUUGAACGAGACAUUCACGACCCUGAAACUGUCUGACCUCAGCGUCUGGAUUAAGCACUUUGAAAACUGGCCGAAAAAGUAUCCACUUUGUUGUCAUGCUGAGGGGCAAAUUGUGGCGACUGUGGUACUAUUGUGCAGUCUCAAUGGCAGACCAGUUCACAUUUGCCAUGUAGCUCGAAAGGAAGAAAUUCUGAUUAUUCGAGCUGCAAAGGAGAAGGGUCUUCCGGUAACAUGCGAAGUGUGUCCUCAUCAUCUGUUCCUCUCUCUAGAUGACUUGGACCGAAUUGGCCGUACUAGAGGUCGCGUGUGUCCGAUGAUCGGAACGCGCGAAGAUGUGCAGGCUUUGUGGGACAAUAUGAACUUUAUUGACUGUUUUGCAACCGAUCAUGCACCUCAUACUGUCGAGGAAAAGGCGAGUGAAAAACCACCGCCUGGUUAUCCAGGACUAGAAACUAUUUUACCUUUACUACUCACUGCCGUCCAUGAUGGAAGACUCACCAUGGAGGACCUUAUCGAAAAGUUCUACUUGAACCCAAAGCGAAUUUUCAACCUUCCGGAUCAACCCAACACUUACGUUGAAGUGGAUUUGGAAGAAGAGUGGAUCAUCCCGGAUGCGAUGCCAUUCACAAAAUCGAAAUGGACCCCAUUUGCCGGAAUGAAAGUCAGAGGAAUGGUUCAUAGAGUUGUUAUCAGAGGAGAAGUGGCUUAUGUAGAAGGACAGGUGCUCGUGAAUCCUGGCUUUGGGCAGGACAUUCGAGAUGUUCAGUUGAAGAUUAAAGAACAGACUCACAAUUCGCUCUUGACACUUGAGGUUCCCCUAAGUCGCCCCAAUUCUGCACUCAACAAUAUUUCUCCCAGUCUGGAAAGGAUCGGUAAACCAGUAGAGUUUUUGGAAGAUGACCAACCAGAAUUAUCGACAAACUUGCUGAAACCGAUCUCGCAAAAAUCGAACGUCCAUUUCAUGGAAGGAGAUGCGCGCGAUCUUCCGAAAUCUAUCGCCGGACAACGAAUCGUCUCCCCCGUGCCUUUUAGCUCAGGCAUGAGGCACAGAACAAACAGUGGAUCGAAUUUCAGUCAUCUAGUUGCACCAAGUAUCCACACUGUUGGAAAUCAUGGUCUUAUCAAUCAAAACAUACUUUCUGUGGAUAUGUUUAACAAACAGCAGUUGCGAGAAAUCUUUAUGCUGGCCGACACUCUCAAACUCUACGUGAGAAAAGAGCGACCUUUGGAUCAUGUUUUAAAAGGUAAAGUAAUGGCUUCCAUAUUUUACGAAGUGAGCACAAGAACAUCUUGCAGUUUUGCUGCCGCUAUGCUUCGACUAGGGGGAUCCGUCAUUCACAUGGAUGGAACGACUUCUUCUGUUCAGAAAGGCGAAUCUUUGGAAGAUUCUGUCGCAGUGAUGGCUGGAUACGCCGAUGUUGUGGUCCUCAGACAUCCAGAACGGGAUGCCGUUUCUCGAGCUGCUCAGCAGUGUCGGAAACCUCUGCUGAAUGCUGGCGAUGGAGUUGGAGAACAUCCAACGCAGGCUCUUCUCGAUAUCUACACCAUUCGAGAGGAAAUCGGAACAGUCAAUGGUUUGACUAUCACAAUGGUUGGAGACCUAAAACAUGGAAGAACAGUCCAUUCCCUCGCGAGACUGUUGACGCUCUACAAUGUGCAACUAAGAUACGUUAGUCCAAAUAAUUUGCGUAUGCCUGAGCACGUGAAGGCUUUCGUGACUGAACGUGGAAUUUAUCAAGAGGAAUUUAACAAACUAGAAGACGUCAUUGCCGACACGGAUGUGCUUUAUAUGACCAGAAUUCAAAAAGAACGUUUUGCCAAUGAUCAGGAAUACGAACAGUGCUGCGGCCAUUUUGUGGUAACUCCCGAGCUGAUGACGCGAGCCAAGAAGAAGAUGGUGGUUAUGCAUCCGCUUCCACGAGUCUUUGAAAUAAGUCGAGACUUCGACACAGAUCCAAGAGCCGCUUACUUCCGGCAAGCCGAAUGUGGAGUCUAUGUUCGCAUGGCUCUUCUGGCAAUGGUUCUGGGCCGUUGUUAAUCUUCUUUUUUUUAAAAGAAAAAACAAAAAAAAAGAGCAUAAAACCGACUGCCAUUACAUUUAAUGCCAUUACAUUUACACUUUCUUAUUCAAAGACGAGGUCGCGCUCAUGUAAAAGUAUAAAAAAAUCACGGCUUGUUUAAUUUUUAAACUCCACGGAACUGUCAGGAUUACUUUAUUUUAAAAUGCGUACAGCCGGUUAUUUCACAUUAUUUAUAAGAUACUUUCCUGAUUAGAAAGUUUUUUUUUCCACCGAGAAAGUGAAAAGUAGUUUUUAAAUAUAAAGAAGGAUAAAUAGUUUUUAAUAGUAGUAGAAAUAUUGAUGAGAAAUGCAUAAUAAUUUACAUUCCGACUGAUUUUAAUUACUUGCUCGUAAUUGCAAAUUUUCCAGCCAUAUAGUGAUCGCUCUAAAUGUUUUUAGAAAUUUUUUACUGCACUGGAGACGAGGAUUAUCAGAUCAAUUUCAAUUCAUAUUUAAUAAUCUGCUUCAUUUGAUAUUAAAUUUUGUCUUUUUAUUUUGAUUUUACUAUUAUUAUCAUUAGGUAUGAUGCGAUCCGCUGAUUGUCGUAAAAAGAAAAAAAUAGUCUCUCUUUCCGGAGAAGAUUAGAUCUGCCGUUAAAAUUGAAACCGAGUGAUCUUACCGGUCGUCUUAUUAAUGAGUUUGGUGCAUUGACACUUGAUAAAGACACAGUGAACUUGAAAAUGACCGGUUGAGUUUAAACCUUAUAUAUAUAAUAUCAUUAUUAUUGUAAUAGGGCGUCAUUCGCCCGUCAUGAAAGCAGAUAAGAGAAUUUUCCCUCUAAUUUCAGAAUUUAAUUCUUUUUAUAGAGACGAAACCAUAAUUUUUAUAUUGAAUAUUACAGAAUAAGAUUUUUUCGAUAAAUAUAUUUUUAUACUUGUAUAUACAACACAGGGUAUAUUCGGAUUUUUACAGAAAAUCUUCAUUUUUAUUUCCCAUUCACGAUUUUUCAUCGCUUGAUUUUGAGUGCUACAGUUUUGACUUUGUCGCUAUACUGUGUUACUAUAAUGUGUACUUUAAAUAAAAAAAUCAUUCAAAUUAAACUAUAAUAGAACGCUUUUCCAC